CGCCGGCAGUUUUGCGCACUCUUGAGUCACCGUCGUGUCCUCUGACCGAAGUCAAGACACGAUCCUUCCGGAGUCAAUCAUGUCUCGUUGGCGAGUCGAACGCGAACGUUUGCUGAGUGGUGUCAAGAGAGCUGUAAAGCAGCUCAUGGAGGAAGUUGUCACGCGCAAGUUCGUUCACGAAGAGGGCGGCAUCGUGCUGACGUUAUGCGUUGAGAUUGAGGCUUGCUUCGCACAUUGUGUGCGUAGCAGACUCUUUGUAUCAUCAUCUACAUUCGAGCUUGUAUUGGGUCGACUUGCUCACUUCUGUGCUCCGGCAGCUGAGCUUUACCGAGUUUGUAAUGAGAUCAUGACUGUUCAACAGACCAAUAGCUCAGCACAGACUGUGAAGAUAUCAAGAAGUGCAACUGGUGUGUACGAGAAGACGGAAGAUUUUAAGAAACGGCUACAUCAGUUUAAGAGUCGAUAUCUGGCUCAACAUCGAAAGCUUCGAUGUAAUACGACUGCACUGAGAGUGUUGUGGGUUCGGAUAGCUCUGGUAGAGAAACUGCUAGGAGAAUUGGUAGAUGUCAUACUAAAGAAUGUCAACCAUUUUUAUGAAGAAGGAGCGUUGCUGGCUCAUGCAGUGGAUGGACCCAUAUUUGCCAACCUGUUGGCCGGUCCUAACGUUUUGGACUUCUCUAAGAUUAAAACAUCCGAACAUCUACGGUCUGAUCCUCCAGCUCCAGAGUUGAUUGAUAAACAAAGGCUGUUUGGUGCUUGCCACAAGGAUUCAGUUUUGUCACUAUUAGAUCUUCCAGCUUUGGAAACACUACCUAGCCCUCACACGUACUGUGAAACGACAGCUUGUACCCAAGUGAAAGAACACAUCGAGAUGCUUCAUCAGACAAGCACUUCCACAUUACUCUUUGCCAAGAACAACGUCAUUGUACAUAAAGACAGCAAGAGUUCUGAUGGGAUUCCCGGGUAUCUCUCACUUCAUCAGUUUAAUGAUCAGGUGAUACUGAAAUGGACACCUAACUUCCUUGUAUCACCUCAACGUGACCAGCAACUGGAGAAUGGGAUAUGUGAUGGGAUAGAUCUUGUGGUGUCACUUGACAUCAGGAAAAUCGUUUCCAUACAUUGUCACAAACAAGCCGACGAUGAAUCUGAGCAAACACAGUUGAUUGCUCAAGAUGGCCGUCAGUUUCCACCUCUAGUGUUUCCUUCUGGUGGCUCGCUCACGUCCUUUCUGGUCUCUCUGGAAACCGGUCUUUUACCUCACGGACGACUGAGUCCGCCAUUGUGGGCACGGAAGUCUAAGCAGGACAGCAUAUUUCCGACACGUCGGAAAAACCAACGUCAGGGAAAGAUUGCUCUACAGCCUAUUGACUAUGUCGUUCCUGACGAUCCAUUCCAAGAGGCGAGGCAGGCAUCAAAUCACUAUGUCUUUCAUGUUAUUCAUGGAGUAGAGACAGGAGUAAAAGCUGGUCUGAUGGACUCGUAUAAACUCAUAUCUGAUAGGCGUGCUGUGAAGCCUGUUUGUAGUAAUGAGCUUAGCAUGGGUGGUGACCUUAACAAUGCAUAUGGCAUGUUGGCAGAGGCUAUUGGUGAGUCAGAUGACAUGGAAUGUGAGAAGAAUAUUGUGUCUUCAUCCGAAAGGUCUUCUAUUAAUGAUUCAGAGGCACGUGUUCAAAGUGCUUGCGAGCAAGUGAUACAUCAGAUUAAGUCAAGAGCAUUCUAUGGAUGGUUGAGUCAUGUAAGACACAUGUCCUACUUGAGGAGGCAUCUGCUGGGAUUUGUGUCUAACAAAAUCGUUCCAAUCGAUCGACCAUGUGAUGCAUCUGUAGGUGUGACUGAGGAAUUAUGGGAAACCGUACUUUCACGUGGCAAUGUGUGUGAUAAGAAGGAAUUGCUGCGACUUGUUUAUUAUGGUGGCGUUCAUUCACACAUCAGAGCGAAGGUAUGGCCAUAUUUGAUUGGUCACUAUGAGUUUGGUCUUCGGCCUACCGAGUGUGCUCUACUCGAUGCCGACGUAAGAGCAAAGUACAACGCAAAGAUAGACGAGUGGAUGGGUGUAGAACAAGAGGUAAAACGACAAAGUCGACAGGAGAAACGACUGCAACAACAAACAGCUGACGAGGUUGACGGAUACUUGACGUUGAGUAACUACGCUAGUUGCAGCAAUGACGACUCACCAGCAGUGGACCUUAGAGACUUCCCAGAUGGUUCAUCUCGUGAGACAUCUUUGAGCCCAGUUUGCACGGCAGUUGCUGGUGGUAAAUUACCGGUUGCAAACGACCUGGAAGAAGUUGAUGGAUUAUUUGAAACGGUAGACGGCGAUUCAGGGUGCGAGGAUUUGGAGGCCGACUCUUCGAGAGUAUUGCAGCAAUACUCAGAUGAACUAAUUCAAUUGUUGAAGAUUAACAUCGAGCGAAUCGACAAGGAUGUAGUUCGUUGCGAUCGAAAUUAUUCAUAUUUUGAAAAUGCAGAAAACUUGGUGAAACUUAGAAAUGUUCUCAUGACCUAUGUUUGGGAUGGACGUCUUAAUCCCGGUUACAUCCAAGGCAUGUGUGACAUUGUUGCACCACUAUUUGUCGUGCUGGACGACGAAGUGAUGGUGUGGAACUGCUUUCAGAUUCUGUUGACCAAAUUGGGUGGCAACUUCAACGCAGGAGAACAAAAUCAGAUGGACUUGAACUUUUCAAAUCUAAGAGCACUACUUAGAGUAAUGGAUCCCGACCUACAUGAAUUGCUUCAAGACCAGGACUGCACUCAUCUCUACUUUACUCAUCGGUGGUUUCUGGUUGAUUUCAAACGUGAGUUUGGGUAUGAUGGGAUAUUCUAUGUCUGGGAGAUGAUCUGGGCCGCUGGCCACUGCUCGUCACAGUUCUUCAGAAUAUUUAUUGCAUUUGCAUUGCUGCAGCAAUACAAGCAUGUCCUGUUACACAAUGAAAUGGGAUUCACAGACAUCACCAAAUUCUUCAAUGAGAUGGCUGAGCACCACGAUGUUGCUGUUGUUAUGGACAGAGCUCGUCAGUUGGUUGCCGAUCUUCAUCGUGAACUGUACUGUGGAAUCAGUAAUCCACAAGUCACAUGAAGACGAUAUGUAUUGUCGCAACAGUGCAGUUUGUGCUUGGCUGCAGAUGAUAGUAUGCCCUUCCUGGUUAACUAAGGUGUGAUUAAGACGUAGCUAGUUCAUUUGCUGUUCCUAAGGCAUAAUGGUCACCAAGAUCACAUUGAUGACGUGGACAGUGGUCUUGCGAGGUGUAAGGCAGUAGUGUUAAUUGAUUAAGUUAAUAGUAUUUGCUCUACAAAAUGUACAAUAGACUAGUUGUAGUUAGAGGUUUUUUUGAUAUACUGUUAGUAUUGACCGAAGUCAAUUUACUCUUUUAUGUUUGUUAUAUUAAGUUAAUUAGAAAUACAAUUGUGUACACUUAU